CGAUGAAAGUCGGAUGUACGGCUUGGAGGGAGAUCUUUCAUUUAGUUCGAGAUCCACCCUACAAUAUGGGGUAAAAAAAGCCAAAAUAAGUGAUUUUAGCCCUUAUAAACAGAAAACUGAUUCUUGAACCCCUUUCACGCUCAUGUCACGUCGAGGUACUACAAAAAAAAAACAGCAAAAUCCGAUCCAAUCUAUCGUAAUCGAUUAGUUAACAUGUUGGUUAACCGUAUUCUGAAAAACGGAAAAAAAUCAUUGGCUUAUCAAAUUAUCUAUCGAGCCGUGAAAAAAAUUCAACAAAAGACAAAAAAAAAUCCACUAUCCGUUUUACGUCAAGCAAUAGGUCGAGUCACUCCCGAUAUAACAGUCAAAGCAAGACGGGUAGGUGGAUCAACUCACCAAGUUCCCGUUGAAAUAGGAUCCACACAAGGAAAAGCACUUGCGAUUCGUUGGUUAUUAGCGGCAUCCCGAAAACGUCCAGGAAAAGAUAUGGCUUUCAAAUUAAGUUCCGAAUUAGUCGAUGCUGCCAAAGGGAGUGGCGCUGCCAUACGCAAAAAGGAAGAGACUCAUAGAAUGGCAGAGUCAAAUAGAGCUUUUGCGCAUUUUCGUUAAUCCAUGAAUAGAGUUUGAGGGUCUGGUCUGGUCUAUCCAGCUUAAUUGGAAAAGAAUCAAGAGAAAAAGUAAAUAAUCACAAGUAAUAUAAAUUGAUUUCGAAAAAUUGACACAUAAAUCAGGAAUAAACUAAACUCUCUCGGGGACUUUUUUAAAGAGGAACCUCGUGUGAAUACCAUGCAAUUGGCACUUUUUUUUAUUUUAAUUGGAAGCAGUUACUAAUUCAUGAGCUAGGAGAUAUACAGAAUGAAAACUUCAUUUUAUAAAAAAGAUAAUACCUUGGUUAGAUUUCAUCUCUUCAACAAGUUUAGUAAUGAGCAUAAUGGCCUAUUGUUCCG